AUGAGGAGGAGGACGAUGGGGGCACUGCACGUCGUCGGUGAGCCCAGGGUCAGCUUCCAGCAGCAGCCUGCUGCAGUCGUCGCCAAGAACGGCCACGGCGCCGUGGUCGAGGAGAUCCACGGCCUGAUCCGCGUCUACAAGGACGGACACGUCGAGCGCCUCCCGGCGAUCCCGACCGUGCCCUGCACGUGGGGCGGCACCGCUCCGGACGCGCCGGGCGGCGUCGUCGCGAGGGACGUGGUGGUCGACCCGGCCACGGGGGUGUGGGCGCGGCUGUACGCCCCGAUGACGACGACGACGACGUCCGCGGGGGGCGGAGGCACAGGCAGGCCUCCCGUCGUGGUGUACUUCCACGGCGGCGGGUUCUGCGUCGGGUCCGCGGCCUGGAGCUGCUACCACGAGUUCCUGGCGCAGGUCGCCGCGCGCGCGGGCUGCGCCGUGAUGUCCGUGGACUACCGCCUCGCGCCCGAGCACCGCCUGCCCGCCGCGUUCGACGACGGUCUGGCGGCCGUGCGGUGGCUGCGGCACCAGGCCCAGGCCGCGGCCAGCCGCGGCGCCGCGGCGUGCGACGACCUCUCGUGGUGGCGGGCCCGCUGCGGCUUUGACCGCGUGUUCCUCAUGGGCGACAGCGCGGGCGCCAGCAUCGCCUUCCACGUCGCCGCGAGGCUCGGGCAGGGCCACCUCGGCGCGCUGUCCCCCUUGACCGUCAGGGGCGCCGUCCUGAUCCAGCCUUUCUUCGGCGGCGAGGCCCGCACCGCGUCCGAGAAGAACAUGGCGCAGCCGCCACGGUCGGCGCUGACGCUCCCGACCUCGGACUGCUACUGGCGACUGGCGCUGCCGGGCGGAGCCAGUCGCGACCACCCCUGGUGCAACCCGCUGUCCCGCGCCGCGCCGCGCCUGGAGACCGUCCCGCUGCCGCCGCUCCUGGUGUGCAUCUCGGAGAUGGACAUCCUGCGGGACCGCAACCUGGAGCUGUGCAGGGCCAUGCGCAAGGCGGGCAAGUGCGUGGAGCAGGCCAUGUACGGCGGCGUCGGGCACGCGUUCCAGGUGCUCCACAACUGCCACCUGUCCCAGCCGCGGACGCAGGAGAUGCUCGCGCACAUCAAGGCCUUCGUCAGCGCCAGGUAG